AUGGUGCGCAGGCCUGUCGCGACCGUUUUUGGCGGGACACGAAUCGGCAACAGAGAACUAUUCAAGCCCGAGACCAAUCUCGAAUCGUUCUUGACCAUCUUGCGUCUGCACAACAUUACGACUAUCGAUACGGCCCAGGCUUAUGGAAACUCUGAAGCUGCUCUCGGACAAGUAUGCGCCGGUGCAAGAUUCACUUUGGAUACGAAAUGGAGUCCUUCCUCCUGGACAGGAACGACGCCAUGGGCCACCAAGGAUCGCAUCAUAGAAACAGCAGAAGCCAGCGUCCAGAAGCUUGGCGCGGCAGCAGGGAUAUUUUAUCUUCAUCAAAUGGAUCGCCUCACCCCCUUCCCUGAAACUCUUGCUGCAGUAAAUGAGGUAUACCAGCGAGGGCAUUUCCGCCGAUUUGGCCUUUCCGGGUUUCCACCCAAGGACAUCGAAGCCGUGUACAACCACUGCGUCGAACGCGGCUAUCCUCUGCCAGCUGUGUACCAGGGAAGCUAUAACCCGCUGAGCCGUGACAAAGAGAUGGCGCUCUUACCGACCCUGCGCAGACUCGGAAUGGCAUUUUAUGCCUUUGGGCCAUCUGCUGGCGGCUUCCUCGGCAAGACGGUGGCGCAAGCGGAACAAAUGAAAAGCAACAUGGACUCUGUGUCGGCAACAUGUAAACCCUAUCUACGCCAUCCGAAAUAUCUUGUAGCCCUGGCGAGAUGGAACGCGCUCGCUGAGACCGAGGGCUUGAGUGCGGCGGAGAUGGCGUACCGAUGGAUGGCCCAUCAUUCGGCGCUUGAAGGUGAAAAGGGCGAUGCCCUCAUCAUUGGAGCCAGCAGCCCCGAACAGCUGGAAGAAAGUUUGGCAGGAAUCGAGAGAGGGCCUCUGAGUGAUGAAGCCUGCGCCGGUAUUCAAAAGAUAUGGGAGAGUGUGGCAGGGGCGGCCUAG